GUGACGCUCAACUAUGGCUUCCCUCUCGCAGUGAUGGAGGCGCUGUGUUGACAACAAGGCAAAACUGAAACUCUUAGCCAGUUUAUUUUCCUGCUGACACAAGUCGGACUUACGAUGCAGAAGAUCAAGUCUCUCAUGGCCCGACAGGGCCUGAAAAGCCCCCAGGAGAGCAUGGCAGACCUGAGUCCUGUGGAGAACCUGAGGAUCCCCAGCAAGGAGGAGUUGCGGGAGAUGAGGGAGCAGCCCAUCGACCCCCAGGCGGAACAGGAGAUUAUCGACAGCAUCGAGGAGGUCUACUUCUCAAACGACUCCUUCGACAUGGUGCAGCACGAACUGGAGAAACUCCCACCUGAGCUGAACCUGCAGGAGCUGGAGGAGUACAGAGACAAGCUCAAAAGACAACAGGCUGCAGUUUCUAAAAAGGUCGCUGAUCUCAUCCUGGAGAAACAGCCUGCUUAUGUAAAGGAGCUGGAGAGAGUGACGGCGUUACAGACCAACCUCCAGCUGGCAGCAGUCAUUUGCACUAAUGCAAGGAGGCAACUGAGCGUGGCGAAGGAAGGAUUCACCGAGGCCAGUCUAGGUCUGCUGGCUAAUCAAAGAAGACGGCAACUGCUGACAGGCCUGCUCAAGUCUCUGAGGACUAUCAAGACCCUGCAAAGAACUGAUGUCAGACUCAGUGAGAUGCUCGAGGAGGAAGACUAUCCAGGUGCAAUCCAGCUCUGUCUGGAAUGUCAGAAAGCUGCCAGCACCUUCAAACACUACAGCUGCAUCAGUGAAUUGAAUUCCAAACUGCAAGACACUCUAGAGCAAAUCGAGGAGCAGCUUGAUGUCGCCCUGUCGAAGACUUGUAAGCACUUUGAUGUUUCGCACUACACCAAGGUCCAGCUGGCCUACACGCUCCUGGGUAAAACACAGACUGCUAUGGACCAGUUGCACAUGCACUUCACCCAGGCCAUCCACAACACUGUGUUCCAAGUGGUGCUGGGAUACGUUGAGCUGUGUGCCGGCAACGCUGACACCAAGUUCCAGAAGAUGCAGUACAAGGACCUGUGCACGCAUAUCACCUUAGACAGCUACAUUCCCUGCCUGACGGAUCUGUGCAAGGCAUUGUGGGAGGUGAUGCUGAGCUACCACCGCACUAUGCAGUGGCACGAGGAGCAUGACAAACAGGAGACCACACCCACCCCAGAUGAUGCAGCAGCAGCAGAGUCUGAUGAGUUGAUGGUGGACCACAGCUAUGUAAAGAAGAAACUGGAGCACGGACUGACACGGAUCUGGCAGGAUGUCCAGUUGAAAGUGAAGGCCUACAUCCUGGGUACAGACAUGUCAAACUUCAAAUACGACGAUUUCAUAGUGGUACUGGAUGUCAUCAGCAGGUUGAUGCAGGUGGGUGAGGAGUUCUGUGGCAGUAAGUCAGAGGUCCUGCAGGAGUCCAUCAAACGCCAGAGUGUCAACUACUUUAAAAACUAUCACAGGGCACGACUAGAAGAGCUGAGGAUGUUUCUGGAAAAUGAGACGUGGGAACUGUGUCCAGUCAAGUCUAACUUCAACAUUGCCCAGCUCCAUGAGUUUAAGUUUAUGGGCCAGUGUCGCUCUCCAUCUGUUUCCCCGAGCAGACAGGCUGCGUGUUCAACCAGCCCACCUCAGGAGGAGCUGUCUCUGUUCCAGCAGUACCUUCAGGAGGGAAACCCUUUUGAGAUGCAUAUUGAGCACAAAGAGGAGGAGACAGAGGAUGUGCUGGCAUCUAAUGGAUACGAGUCGGAUGAGCUGGAGAAGAGUGUGUACCAGGAUUACGACAGCGACAGCGAUGUCCCUGAUGAGCUGAAGCAGGACUACGUUGAUGAGCAGACAGGUGACGUUCCUCAAAAGAGUGUGUCCCGAGAGACCAUAAGAAGCAAGAAAAAGUCCGACUACAACCUUAACAAGACCAACGCACCCAUUCUCACCAACACCACCCUCAAUGUCAUCCGUCUUGUCGGAAAGUACAUGCAGAUGAUGAACAUUCUGAAGCCAAUUGCCUUCGAUGUGAUCCACUGUGUAUCACAGCUCUUCGAUUACUACCUGUACGCCGUAUACACCUUCUUUGGACGUAAUGACAUGCCUGUCCCAAGCCCAUCUUUGCCAGCUCACGGUGGCAGAGAGACAGGCCCUGCCAGGGUGGUGGGUCCUGCAUGCUUGUAUGAGUCAUCGGGUCUGGGCCUUAUCAGCAGCAGACUGAGAACCACACUGAACCGGAUCCAGGAGAGCCUCAUUGACAUGGAGGCUGGCGGGGAGAAUGCAGGAGUCCACGGUCCGACAGAGGACAGGAAGGAGAAGGUCCCCAGCCCCCAUCUCAGCCAAAUGGUGGUCCUCACUAGCAGUGGGACUCUGUAUGGCCUGGCACAGAGGGUGGUAGCCACUGAGUCCCUUGUAUUUCUGGCUGAACAGUUUGAAUCUCUCCAGUCCCACUUGGACACAAUGAUGCCUGCAGCCAAGAAGCCCUUCCUACAGCAGUUUUAUUCCCAGACGGUGUCUACAGCCAGUGAACUGCGGAAACCGAUAUACUGGAUUGUGGCAGCCAAGGCCAUCGACUACGAACAGAUGUUGCUCAUGAUGGCUGGAGUUAAAUGGGACAUUAGGGAGAUAAUGUCACAGCAUAACGUAUACGUGGACGUCUUAUUAAAGGAGUUUGAGCAGUUCAACAAGCGGCUGGGUGACGUUUCCAGACAUGUGCGCAUCCCGCUGCCUGUGUCCAACGUCCUGUGGGAGCACUGCAUCCGCCUGGCCAACAGGACUCUAGUCGAGGGCUAUGCUAAUGUGAAGAAAUGCAGCAAUGAGGGUCGGGCCCUGAUGCAGCUGGACUUUCAGCAGUUCCUGAUGAAGCUGGAGAAGCUGACUGACCUGCGGCCCAUCCCUGAUAAGGAGUUUGUGGAAACCUACAUCAAGGCCUAUUACCUGACUGAGAAUGAUAUGGAGCAGUUCAUCAAGAAUCACCGGGAGUACUCCAUGAAGCAGCUAGCCAACUUGGUGAACGUCUGUCUGGGUUCACAUAUAAACAAGAAGGCUCGUCAGAAACUUCUGGCGGCUAUCGACGACAUUGACAGGCCCAAGAGAUAGAGUGAAGGACGGAUCAAAACCCAAACGUACCAACCAACCCACAGAGAGGGACACUCCAACAGAGCUGCGCAUGAGGUGGAGUUCAGCAUCGAAUGUCUUCAUUUUCAGUUCAGUAGAAAUGUAUAAAGAUGUGUUCAAAAAGAUGAACAGUGUGUGCACUAGUCGAGCUACUGUAUACACAAAUUAAAAAAAAAAAAAAGGCAACCAAAUGCUAAUUAUCUGCUAAUUUAGUCUUCAUAUGGUCAAAAACACAGCACCUCCUAACAUGCUGAUAGACAUAAACCUGUUUCACGCUUGAGCUUGCUGCAGUUAUUCUGUGCAUUGGCAGACCAUAAUGCAUGCUCUCGUGUUAUAAAUUUGCAAACAUGCUGCUUAGGAAGUUUUCCGCAAGCUUUUCCUGCCUUUCCUUCCCUUUCCUUCCUUCCUUUUCCUUUUCCUUUUUCCGCAAGCUGCCGCUCGACCUCGUGGCUGUUUGACAUUCCGUCUAGUGUUUACCAAACGUGCUGCAUCCUUGACACAACUCCUACCUUCACGUUCAAGAAAACAAAAAAAUGAACAUGUAUGAGUUUAAAUUUGAGUCGCAUAAUGUUGUUAAGCUUUGUGGAAAAUAUGAGAAGAUUUUAAUACUUGUACCUCUCUGCUGUCUGAAUGUGCUCAUAUACGGAAAAACAGUGGAUCUGGUUUCUGGUUUUCCUUAAUCAUUUUUUUUUUUGUAUAAUUUAUUCCAGCCUGUGUGUUUGCUCUAUAUUACUUCACUUCAGGGUAUUUGUUGCGCCUGACUGGACUCUCUGCUUCCGUGUUUUGUUUGUUUGAUCCACGAAUAAGAUAAAUGUAAUAUAAUGAUGAUUCUGAAAGUAAUAUAAAUUUCUGUAGUUAGCAUUGACAUGAUUAAAUCUGCACCAGCUGCAUUUCUUUGUCUGCCAUCUGUCAUAUCGGAGGAGGGAAUUAUUUGAUCGUCCUGUGCUGACCUCGGACUUCAGUCUUCGACCUGAGCGGUAAAAUUGCUGCCUAAUUAUAUCUGUUUUGUAGGUUUGUGAGUGUAUUGUAGUUAGUUUACGAACUACAACAGCUUUCCUCCGAGGUGCCCCCCACUCGUCAUCUCCAUUAGUUUAACCUGAGCAGACCUGCUGAGAGGUUUGCCAGAUUAACUUAAUGUCAAAUGGAAAAAACAAUGAAGUUGCAUUUUUUGAUACAGCUUCAUAUAUUCUUUGUGUGCAACUAUUCCAAGACGAAUACUGUAAAUGUGAAUGUUUUGAACAAUGUCUGUAUUUAUUUCUGGCUUUGUGUCUCGUUGGGGUUUUUAUAUGAUAACUGCUGGAAGCGUAUGUCAUUUAUCACUUCUCAGCAUCUUGUCCUCCAAAUACAAAUAUUUAAAAAAUUGUCAAAUUAUGUUAAGGGUCAAGUGCACUAUAGUAAAAAUCUGUAAUCGGUGUUGGAGUUGUAGGUUGAACCAGAUGAUGAUUCUAACACAAUAAACACACUAACAAUGGA